AUGACGAUGUACCUGCUUCUUUCGCUGGUGGUUGGAGUGGCCCAGCUAGUUUCUUCAGCUGCAGAUGUUACUGAAUUUGUCGAUUGUGGACCUCUAGACACAGCCUGUGAAUGUGCAGAGGAUGCUACAGUUUGCAAUUUUCAGUUUUAUGUGGAGUAUGCUUUCACAUUAACAAGGUAUAACUUCAGCUUGCCUUACCUUGAAGGCCAAGGGGAACAUGUGUAUAUUGACGAGACAGGAAAUUUUAUCGUUUCCCAAGGAGGGGGGAAAUGUAUGGAUGGAAAUUUUGUCAAGAAAACUGGAGAAUCUGACGGUUUGUAUUGUAAUGAAGUAGGUGUUUGCAUGGAAAAGAACAAACUGUGUACUGAACCAAUAACAGUUGAUGGCAACGUUCUUAAAAUGUUUUUAUCUGUCAACAAGCAGUUCCCAGGACCAACUCUGAUUGUUCAUGAAGGGCAAAUAGUUGCAGUUGACGUACACAACAACCUCAGUACUGAAGGCAUAUCUAUUCACUGGCACGGGCAGCACCAGAUCAAGACCAACUUCAUGGACGGAGUAGGUUUGGUGACGCAGUGCCCCAUUCUACCGGGAAGCUCAUUUCGCUACAUAUUCCGAGCCAGUCCGAGUGGAACUUUCUGGUAUCAUUCUCAAAUGGGGUCUCAGCGAGGUAACAGUCUUUUUGGAGCUUUGAUUGUGAAAGAGAAAGAAAUCAAGUAUCCAGUUUCAUUCAUAGACAACCCAGCCAGUCACACUAUUACGGUGAUGGACUGGUAUCGGCAAGACCCCGAAGAAUUCUUUCAACACAAGAAAAUUGCUGUAGGCUGGCUUAUAGGUUUGCCUCCUUUUACUGCUCCUUCAGAUUUGAAUCCAUCACUGGGCUACAGUAUAACACGAGGUCCCGAUAAUGUUAAUAUUGGCACAAACGCAUUUUGGUCUGCAUUAAUACAUGGCAAAGGCAGGCAUUCUGAUGUUCCCUAUCAACGCUCUAAUUUGCGAGUUUACGAAGUUGAGCCAAGUCAAACUUACCGUUUUAGACUGAUUCAUACCGGAACAAUGUAUGCUUUUCGAUUCUCCAUUGAUGGGCACAGACUAAAAGUAAUGGCCACAGAUGGAUAUCUAGUGGAGCCUAUGGAAGUUGACUACAUAGCUAUUCAUACAGGAGAAAGGUACGACUUUCUUUUGGACACAAAGCAAAGCAAUGGUAAUUAUUGGAUGAAAGCUGAAACAUUUGAAAUGAAUUUUGGAGGCAGUGCUAAUCCACCAUAUAACUUUACUGAUCAUAAAGCGGAAGCUAUAUUGCACUACACAGGAACAAACAAACCAAGGUCACCAGAAUACGCAAACAUAUCAAGCACCCCACCAGAAUGCACGCAAGAAAGCCCGUGCAAAAUGCUGAACUGUCCCUUUGAAAAAUUCCACCCUUCAUACAACAUUGAAUGCAUUAGCAUUGACAAAGUGAGACUCGUUGAGCCUACUCCAUCAGAUGAGAUGCCAGAUGAAUCACCAGACGUCACGUACUUUAUGAACCUGGCUGGAUAUGUGCAUAAAGAAGCAGUAAGCAGCAUUAAUGAUAAACUCUUUAGGUUCCCCUCCUAUCCAUUGACAACACGCUAUGAAAAGAAUGACGAGAGCUCAUUUUGUGAUGUUAACUCCGAGUGUGAGAGUAAGAAAGGAUGUAAGUGUACUACCGUGAUGGACAUUGGUGACAACAUGACUGUUAGACUUGUCCUCAGUGGAGUUGGAAGGGAGAGAAAAUCCACUCACUCUAUUCACAUUCACGGCCACUCUGUGCAUAUCCUCAAGGUCGCAUAUGGUAACUAUAGCCGUAAUAAUGGUUUUUUACUUGGCAGUUCACGAGACCUGACUUGUACUGAAGAUGGCGAUGACAUGGAUGUUCUUGACGAUAAUCGUUGCCCUAACCCUCGUUUUAGGUUCCCCAAUACGAAGAUAUCAUUAGAUAAGUUUGCAGUUCGGAAGGACACAUUCAUUGUUCCUGCAGGUGGCUAUGUGGUGGUUCAGUUCCGUUCCAAUAAUCCUGGGUACUGGUUCCUCCAGUGCCUUGUCGACCUUUACUUUAGAGAGGGAAUGUCGAUGAUAAUGAAAGAGGCUGUAGAUAAAAUUUCCAAUAAACCCCCAGAGGAGAUGGAAUAUUGUGAUCCUUUCAUCUGGGAUGUUAAUGAUUUCAUGCAGUCAUUGGAGAACGGAAAUGGUUGUGGUUCCAUCACAAUGCCAAGCAUUUCAGCAAUUCUCUUAAUUCAUUCCGUGAUGGCACUCGUUAUUGUCUUGUAG